UAACUUAAGACUAAGAACUUGAAAUGAGAAUCAUGAAUGGGAGUAAUGAAACAUGAGUUAUCAACUUUUUUAUCAAGAUGAAAAUGGCCAAACAAGUUUUAUACUCUCGAUUAGUCAAUGAAAAGAAAAUACAGUAUUGUAUGAAAUAGCAAAAUACAUGAAACAUGGCAUGGUUGAGAAAAGGAGCUCUCAUUUUUGUAAUUUGGUAUGUUCUGGCUGUUAGUUCUGUGAACUCUGACACUGGGGUGCUAGAUGAUUUCAGGCACAGCCAUGAGCAUGAAGACUACAAACACAGACAUGUGGACAACUUUGUGAUAUCCUCUACUCACCUACACGAGGAAGUUCUGCCAACUCAAGAACACAGUGUGCCAGAAUCUCAGGCAGGGCCAGGCAGCUUACACAACUCUCCCGCCAACAAUAGUGUCAGUCAGGAUGGCGGCACUGCCCUGACAGUGCAAUCAUUUGAUCCUAGAAACCAAAGCCUUUAUAACCACACACAUUUAACUAACUCUGAACCUGCGAUGAAAGCAAAUACUUCAUUAAAUUUGGCACCAACCCAAACAGGAGACCAAAGUUUUCAUCUGUUAAAUUCAAAUCAAACAACUGGAAAUUACAGCGAGAAUGUCAAGAAGAAGAAAAAACUCUCGAAGCAAAGGGAUGAGAGUUAUAAUAACAUUUUGUCUGUUAAUUUGUGUAAUGUCACCCAUCCUGGUCAGACAGAGAGAGUUGAUGUGGAGUUUACUAGUUCUAUUGUAGACAACGAGUACAUCAUCACAUUUAAUGGCUACUACAAGGCACCAGCCAGAAGGCGUUUUAUCUCAGCGGCCCUACAGGAGGUGGGAGUCACUUCCUGGAACAUAAUCCCUCGUCUCAACCCAGCCCACAAUUAUCCAAGUGAUUUUGAUGUUGUUUUGUUUCAUGGCCAUUCUGAUCAACCUGGUGUUGAGGCGUUGAAAGAGCACCCACUGAUAAAGAGAGUCACCCCACAUAAAAAAGUCACACGUUCACUGAAAUUUACUAAGGUGGAUGAAAAUGAUGAACCUCAAGCAGAAGAAGAUGCAGAGAACAUAGACACUUUUAGGUCUAGAAAGGCAGGCAGGAAAAGUUUGUCCACGCCUGUGGUGUGGAUCUCUCCAUCCAAGUAUAAAUCUAGAAAGUUAUUAAGAGCUGUGCCAAAACAAAUUGUUAGUGCCUUACAAGCAGAGAUGCUUUGGGGUUUAGGAUUUACUGGUGCUGGUGUGAAGGUGGCCAUCUUUGACACAGGUCUUGCCACAGAUCACCCCCACUUCAAGCGUGGCAGAUUAAAAGACAGGACCAACUGGACCAAUGAGAAAACUUUAGAUGACGGACUAGGACAUGGCACUUUUGUAGCAGGUGUAAUAGCCAGCCAUAAGGAGUGCCUUGGAUUUGCACCUGAUGCUGACAUCUUUGUCUUUAGAGUCUUCACUAACAACCAGGUCUCCUACACUUCCUGGUUCCUGGAUGCCUUUAACUACGCCAUCCUGAAGAAAAUUGACGUCCUUAACUUGAGCAUUGGUGGCCCAGACUUCAUGGACCACCCCUUUGUGGAUAAGGUAUGGGAGCUAACUGCAAAUAAAGUAAUUAUGGUGUCUGCAAUUGGGAAUGAUGGUCCACUGUAUGGAACCUUGAACAACCCGGCUGAUCAGCUGGAUGUGAUUGGUGUUGGUGGCAUCAACUUUGAACAUCAGAUUGCCAGAUUUUCUUCCAGAGGGAUGACCACAUGGGAACUACCUGCAGGUUAUGGCCGAGUCAAACCAGACAUCGUCACAUACGGCUCUGCUGUGAGAGGCUCUGCUCUUAAAUCCAGCUGCAGAUCUCUGUCUGGCACAAGUGUAGCCUCACCUGUUGUAGCUGGAGCUGUCACGCUGUUGAUCAGUGCUGUACUAGACAAGAAGCACAUGAUCAACCCCGCCAGUGUGAAGCAGGCCUUGAUGUCCACUGCCAGGAGACUGCCAGAUGUCAACAUGUUUGAACAGGGAUAUGGCAGACUUGACCUGCCCAUGGCGCUCAGAACUUUGAGGAACUACACGCCACAGGCCAGUGCAAGUCCAAGUUACAUUGACCUAAUGGAGUCCCCAUACAUGUGGCCAUACUGCACCCAGCCUAUUUACUAUGGUGGGAUGCCUGUCAUUGUCAAUGUGACUAUUCUCAAUGGAAUGGGAGUCACAGGGAAGAUUAUUGAGAAGCCCAAGUGGGAGCCGUACACCCCCGAGUAUGGCGGCUACAUUGACGUGUCCUUCUCCUACUCCGUGGACCUGUGGCCCUGGUCUGGCUACCUGGCCAUCUCCAUCACGGCCUCCAAGGACGCGGCCUCAUGGGAGGGGAUAGCCAAGGGCCAGGUGACAGUGGUCAUUGAGUCACCACCAGAGGACGAGGAAACAGAGCCCAGAAGGUCGACCAUCAUGUUGCCCAUCAGAGCCAAGAUCAUCCCGACCCCACCCAGAAAUAAAAGGAUACUCUGGGACCAGUACCACAACUUGAGGUACCCACCUGGAUACUUCCCCAGGGACAAUCUCAGGAUGAAGAAUGACCCCCUCGACUGGAAUGGGGACCACAUCCACACCAACUUUAAGGACAUGUACCAACACCUGCGGGAGAAAGGCUACUACGUGGAGGUUCUGGGGUCACCCUACACGUGUUUUGAUGCCAGCCAAUAUGGAACCCUACUUGUGGUGGACCCAGAAGAAGAAUAUUUCAGUGAGGAGAUUGUCAAGCUGAAGCGUGACCUGGACAACGGUCUGUCUGUCAUCAUCUUUGCUGACUGGUACAACGUGUCUGUCAUGAAGAAAGUCAAGUUUUAUGAUGAAAACACCAGGCAGUGGUGGAUGCCUGACACAGGUGGCGCUAACAUUCCUGCACUCAAUGAACUUCUCGCCCCACUUCAGAUGGCUUUCAGUGACACAGUGUAUGAAGGAGAUUUUAAGAUAGGGGACCAUGACAUGUACUAUGCUUCUGGGACUAGCAUUGCCAAGUUUCCUGAGGAUGGGCUGCUGUUGACAGAAACUUUAAAAAAUCAAGGUUUUGAAGUGCUCAAGUCCAACACCUGGACUGCAUUAGACGUCCCCAUACUGGGCCUACAUCAGGUGGACACUGGACCCAACUCUGGUCGUGUUGCCCUGUAUGGGGAUUCAAACUGCCUGGAUUCAAGCCAUAUGCAGAAAGACUGCUUCUGGCUGCUGAGUGCACUACUAGAGUACACAGCCCAUGACUCUCUGCCUGCUGUCCUGUCCAGCCUGAAGAAGAUCACACUCCCCCCAGUCACGGAGAUGCCCACUAGAAUGGAAGGUAACCACCUUCACCGCUACUCUAAAGUAAUAGAGGGCAACCUGGGCACCUCACACCCCCGUCCAUUACCUCAGUGCCCAAGUUUAGUGUGGGCCAAGCCUUUCCCCAUCAACAAGUCAGCCCCAUCAGACAGCUACCAGCCUCAGCGCCUCCUCUCCAUUGACAUUGAUGUCCCACUCAACGUCCAUCCAGAUCCACUGGGGGGCAUGUCAGGCAAGGAGGUGGACGUCCCAGGUAUCCCGGCUCACCUGCCAGGUAUCCUGCAGGGCCAGGACAGGUUCACCUGGUUCCCUGUGUUUGCUGUGCUCGGCACCAGUCUGGUGGCGCUGUUCCUCUUCAACCAGUAUUACAAAACCAAGUCUCGGCCCAAGCGCAAACGUCAGCGGCCCAGGAAAAUUCACCAGACUGUAUAUGGUGGUAAAAUGCCAGGGGUCUGAUGAUACACUUCACAUGAUCUUGGGACUUUCUACAGCAUAAAAACAAAAGUGACUGGAAACAUUUCUUUUAUUCUUCACUGAUUCCUGGCUCAGUCAGAUAAGCCAACACAGCUGUUGGUUUUAAAACUUCAGAUAAAAUACUUACUCCUGAGUUUUAAAACUACAAUCACAAAAUAUGCUAUCUGCUUUUAAAACUACAGAUACAAAGGAUACUUGCUCCUGAUUUUAAAAGUACAGAUGCUAGAAUACUUGGUUUUUAAAUGAUAGUAAAAACUGGUUUGAAGUUAUACCAUGGCAGGUGUUUCUGUUUAAAAUGGACUCCACUGUUUGAAAUAUGUAAGGUCAGACAACCGCAGGACUUUACCUGUACCAUGUAACAGUUACUAAAUGAAUAUUUAGAUGUUGUUUUACUUGAUGACAUUUUAAUCACAUAAACUGUUUCAUUAUAGCUUUUGCUGCUAUAACUCACGUGUUCUUUAAAAUGGCUUUUUUGUGUGUGCAUCAGCUAUCUAUUUUUCUACAAUUUAUAAAUAGAAUUUUAAAAGUUUGAAUGGAGUGUGCAAUUCUGACCGUGCAAUGAAAUUUUUAAAAAUUUUAAUCUUGAUUAUGUUCAAAAUUAAUGUUGUCAUUAAGUGGGUGUUUAGUUUUUUUAAGAUUUGCACCAAAUUUUUUAUUCAUGAUCAGUUUAAUGAAAGAUAUUGUGAGUUGAGAGUGGAACAGUAAUAUACUUUGUUACUUGAAGUUUUAUAUUACUAUGUGGUCCACUUUCAGCUUGGUACAACUGACACUUCUUUCUAUAUGAAGUAAAAUGAAUCUAUGCAGGAUUAUUGCCCAUCUGUUAUGUUAAGGAGUGAUCUCCCUUUAAUACUAGAGUGCCUGUCAAGCAGCAGUGAAACCUCCCCCCUCUAGUUAUGUAACUUAAGAUAUUUGUAGAAUAUCAUGUUAAGUGGUCUAAAUUAUAAAUUACCAUGUCUGUACCU